AUGUCUGUGGGUCGAGCUUACCACAAAGCGACUAAACUGGACGGCUUCCUUUACGUAACUGGUGGGUCAGAUGGAACGACGACUCUGGAUGUUGUUGAACGGUAUGACCCUCGGGAAAACAUAUGGACCAUUGUGGCACCUAUGAUACCCGUCGACAAGAUCACUCUGUGUCCGCGCUCAAUGGCUGUUUAUAUGCCGUCGGAGGUUUUGACGGAGUAUCAGUACUGA